AUGGCAAGGCAGCGAGCGCUCCACAUCGCUUCCCCAUCACCCCGACUCCCGCAGGCCGCCGCCAGGCCGCAUCCCGCAGUCACGCACAGCCGCACGCCCGCACAGGUCGCGACUCGCGAGCAGCCGAGCGCCGCCGUGCCGGAGCGCGAGGAGGAGCCGCCGCCGCCGCGGUCCGCCAGGCGCCAGCGCUCCCGUGACUCCGUCCGCUCCCGGCUGACGUGCAGGCGCUCCCGUCGUCCGCUCCCGUCCGGCUGUCCCCUCUGCUUGACCCCCAAGCCGAGGCCUCGAGCCCCCGACGGCGGACGGCUCACGGCCGGGCGGCCGGCACUCAAGCAGCGCCGCAGCGGGCAGCGGCAGCGGCCAGGACACGGCACACGAAGAGAAGUGUAUAUUGGUAUUAUUGAUAGAAUUCAUCAAGAGCUUGAGAAUCGGUUUAAUGAGGACUACCUUGGUUUUAAUUUCUGGGUCCGCCACUGCCUCUCAGGUCCUGCCCCGGCCGGCAUUCGCGGGAAGCUGCCCUGCUGUCGCCAUCGGCACCGCCCACCGGAGCUUAGUCGUCGUCGCCUCACAGUCACACUGCCCUGCCCUCCGUGCUGCCGUCAUGCAGUCACUCCCAGCUCCGCGCAACCCCUGUCGUCGCCUGGGAGGGCGCCUGCACUUCACUUAUGCUGUUCUCACCCGCUCAAUCUCCAGCACCUCCAGUCCCUUGCCGCGCCACUCGCCAGAUUGGUCUUCCUCUUCACGCCUGCUGCACACUCCCCUUCCUCCCUGUGCAGGCAUAUUCCAAGACCAGUUGCACAGAAUGAGCACAGGACGCAGGAGGAAACGUGUUCAUGUGACCAACUCAUCCCAAGAUGGGAGAAUUCAAUUCACCUUCAAACCGAGCAACCCGCCAAUUUUAGGCGCACCAGACACAGGCUGUUUGCAGCUUCCAGGACCAAAAACGAAAACUCAGCGCGCUCCCCAUGCAAUGGACAAUUGGACAUCGCCAUAAGCUCUUACACCUCUGAUGUUAACUUCUUCUUCCCAUUAGUGAUCAUCGUCUUCUUGUCAUUCUACUCGCUGCAAUACAUGUAUUGUUCAGAUGCUCUCAACCUACCUUUGCAUUAGCGCAGUUUCCUUAUUGCCUAAAGACAGCAUGCCGACCUAGGCUUUGCUAGAAAAGAAAAAAAAAAGACACUUAUAAUUAUUAGAAAAAACAAACAAAAAUGCUCCCAGGCCUCGGCACCUAUUAUUCACAGGGGAUGUUCUGAGAACUUUUCAAUUUUGUGCCUUACCACAGAUUUUUGCUAAGCUCUACCUCCCAAAUAUCUUUAUCUCUAUUUUUUGUUGGUCUUAGGCACGCCAGUUGCUAAUUUGGUUCCUUUGUUCUUACUGACACUUCCUGUACA